CUAGAUUUCUUCGAUCGUGUGAGAGACGACGCGAAGGCGAAGAGAAGAAGGAGGAAAAGGAAGAGUCUUUUAUCUUAUCAUGAAUCUCUCCCAACCCUAGAUUUGAUUUCUUCGAUCGUCUUGAUUGAUCAUCAUCGCGAUUUCAAUGGAGGGAGUUGGAGAUACGACGACGUCUUCGUCAUCGUCUGAAGGGAAUCUGAUAUCGGCAGCAGCGUUUGUGGAAGGGGGAAUACAAGAGGCUUGUGAUGAUGCUUGUAGCAUCUGUCUCGAACCCUUCUGCGAUAGCGAUCCUUCUACUUUGACUAGUUGCAAGCAUGAGUAUCAUCUUCAAUGCAUCCUUGAGUGGUGUCAAAGGAGUUCACAGUGCCCAAUGUGUUGGCAAUCUAUUAGUCUCAAAGACCCCAUUGGUCAGGAAUUGCUUGAGGGUGUUGUACAGGAGAGGAAUCUCCGCUUCAAUCCUUCUAGAAACGCCACCAUUUUCCGUCAUCCUACUCUCGGCGAUUUUGAAUUACAACAUCUCCCAGCGGGGGUGGAUAAUGCAGAGCUUGAAGAACGCAUCAUUCAGCACUUGGCUGCUGCUGCUGCCAUGGGCCGUGCAAGACAUGGGACAAGAAGAGAAGGCCACAGAAGCAGCAGGUCAUCAACUCAAGGUGGUCAUCCACAGUUCAUGGUUUUCUCUCCCCAUCCUAACGCUCCUCCUCCUCCUCCCAUGCUUUCCUCUCCAUCUCACAGAGAUGAGACUGACACAGCCACAAACCUUCCUCACAAUGCUACUAUAGGGGAGGGUUCUCUUCACUCAAACAUGCAGCCACCACAAGCUUCUUCUCAUCCUCACCAGGCUUCUCCCUCGGCAUCUGAUUCAAACAGCAGCAUACACAGGUCUCCUAAUCAAUUUUCCCCAAGUGAUCAAGAUAGAGCUGGACCAUCCGAACUCCAAUCAUUUUCUGAAUCUUUAAAGUCUCGUCUAACCUCUGUCUCGACAAGAUACAAAGAAUCGAUAACAAAGAACACGAGGAACUGGAAAGAUAGAUUUUUCUCUCGCAACACGUCCAUGGCAGAACUUGGCUCUGAGGUUAAAAGAGAGGUCACUGCUGGAAUCGCCACUGUGUCCCGCAUGAUGGAACGUCUAGAAACGAGAGAAAACAGUAGUAGACCUGACACUGUAUCUGUACCAUCAUCAAGUGGCACAGAAAAUCACACUCCUGCUGAAUCAAACAAUGAGCGUAAUAAUAGAUCAGAAGCGGGUGAUGAACAUUCUUCGAAUGAAAGAGGUGUGAAAGGAACAUGUGCGGCUGGUUCUGGUUCUAGUUCUAGCUAAUAAAACAAGUGCCAGCGUCUUGUUGGCAAAGAGAUUGGAAGAUGUCUUGUAUUGUGAAAUUCUGCUAUAUAUAUAAUAUAAUACCGAGUCGGAAGUUCAAAAGUGUGGGAGCACCAUAGGAAGAGUUUCUGAUUCUCAAAAAAUAUAAUAAGAAAGGUUAAUAUGACCAAAAGGAGGCUUUGCUUCAGAGAUGAUAACGCCUUAUUAUGUGUUGUGCUAUUAUGUCAAAACUAAAACUAUAAAGAAAAGAGUAAAGACAAUUGUUCGUUGGUCAGUCUGUUGUAAAUUGACAGUGUCGUUCACAUUACUGUUCUCGAUCACUUCUGCUUAAUUGUUUUUGUUAUGAUUGUUACUUUAUGUAUUA